CUUUAAGACUACGUCAUUUCCGGUUUCGUUUGUCUACUUCCGCUAUAAUAAUAAUGCUGCACUUUACCCUUAGGAAUAGCGAGGCUUUCCGGUAGUCUGACUUUUUUAUUCCGAAAAGCUGAUUACAUUUAUGAAAAAGGAUUUAUUUGGCUGAGUUUUUUCUGCUGGAAAAAAAAACAACAACAAUGUUUUUCACUUAAACAUCAAACAUUUAAAUCCCAAAUGAGAGAAAUUUCUGUCUAAUUUCCAGAUGUUAAAUGGCUGAUUGUUCCUCAGAGAGCUCAGCACUGAGGAUGUGCGGCUGCCGAAGGAGCAUGUAGUUCCUGCCUUCAUUGGGGAGGAGAAAGAGAGAGAAGCUGGGAGAGAAGAACAUGGAAGACUUCACAACACGGACUUAUGGCACCAGUGGCCUGGACAACAGACCUCUGUUUGGGGAAACUUCAGCAAGGGAUCGGAUCAUCAAUAUAGUAAUGGGUGGACUUGCGUCUCUACUAGUAAUAGUGACCAUUAUCAGCGCCUUCGUCUUCCCCAUGCAGCCUCCAAAGCCAUUGAACAUCUUCUUUGCUGUGUGUAUCCUGCUGAUGUGCAUCUCAGUGCUCAUUCUGAUCUUCUGGUACAGACAGGGAGACUUGGAGCCUAAAUUUCGCAACCUGAUCUACUACAUGCUGUUUUCAAUCGUCCUGCUAUGCAUAUGUGCCAACUUGUACUUCCACGACGUGGGAGGUGACAAAAAGGCCAACGCCUUAUCAUAGGGACACGAGGAAACCCUGCAACGGUGGAAGGAGACGCACGUCCACGUUUCCUUUCCUCCAACCUCAUGCGGAUGUCAUCAGGGCUCAGUCUGCCUCCAAAGGCCUUUAAGCAGACCAAAAGUAUUCUAGACAUGAAUAUAUGCGUAUUGUGUAGCACGGCAGAUGUGUAUGCAGAUGUUUGGCAUCCCUGAGUGCUGUAUAUAUUCCUGCAUUGCUGUACAUGCCAACGUGAUUGCGAGACUGUUCCUGACUAUAAGCCAUGAUUACGUAUGCCGCAGAAAGCAUUUAUUUGUAUAUUACACGUACAUUCUUAAAUCAAGAUCUCCUGCAUUUCUGAUGCAAUCUUGAAGCUGAAGCACUUGCCAUAACCGAGACGCAGCCAGAACCUGACAGAGGGAAAACGCUGUUUGGGUUUCUGCUCAAGGUUUCUGUGUCUCUGCACACUGUGUCAUUUGAUAUGGCCAAGAUUAAUGAUUAAUAUUUAAUUUCUAAUGUAAAUUUUAUGUAAGAAAUAAAUCCAAAUUCCCAAA